CAUGACGACUAGUCAACGAUUAAGUCAGGCUGAGUUCCGCCGAGUCCCUGUUAAAGCACAGGCACAAGCCCGGGUACGGGUUUGUGUGCGAUUGCGCCCUGCUGUGGGAAAUGGACAGGGUCAGGAUGCCCCGUGUGUACGAGGUGUGGACUCCCACUCCCUGGAGAUCCUCAACUGGAGAAACGAGAUGGAGACCAUGAAGUACCGGUUCGAUGCCUUUUACGGUGAAACAGCCACCCAAAAUGACAUCUACGUGGGAUCAGUUCAGCCUGUUCUGAGCCAUCUGCUGGAGGGGCAGAACGCCAGCAUUCUGGCUUAUGGGCCUACCGGAGCAGGCAAAACACACACCAUGUUGGGGAGCCCGGAUCAGCCAGGGGUGAUACCGCGAGCACUUCGGGAUCUCUUGCAGAUGACGAGGAACGCUUCAGGGGAUGAGUGGAAGUACUCUAUUUCCAUGUCCUAUCUGGAAAUCUACCAAGAGAAGGUUUUGGAUCUCCUGGAGCCCUCCCUCCACGACCUGCCGAUCCGGGAGGAUCGCAACCACCACAUCCUGGUGCCGGGCCUGACGCAGAAGGAGAUCACCAGCUUCUCAGACUUUGAAAGCCUCUUCCUGCCGGCCAGUGCCAACAGGACUGUGGCAUCCACGCAGCUGAAUCAGCGCUCCAGCCGCAGCCACACCGUGCUGCUGGUAUGGGUGAGCCAGACCCAGGGCUGGCCCCCAUAUGCGCGCCGGGCUGCCAAGCUGUGCCUCAUCGACUUGGCCGGCUCGGAGGACAACCGGCGGACGGGCAACAAAGGCCUGCGCCUGAAGGAGAGCGGAGCCAUCAACUCUUCGCUCUUUGUGCUCAGCAAGGUGGUGGAUGCCCUCAACCAGGGGCUGCCUCGGGUGCCCUACAGAGACAGCAAGCUCACCCGUCUCUUGCAGGAUUCCCUGGGUGGCACCGCUCACAGCCUGAUCAUUGCAAACAUCGCCCCAGAGAAGAGGUACUACUUCGACACCCUCACAAGCCUCAACUUUGCUGCCAAGUCCAAGCAGGUGGUGAAUAAGCCCUUUACGCAGGAAACCCUGCCAGAUCACGACUCUUCCAGGGUCAACCCUUUCUCAUCCUCAGCAGCGGCCAAGAGACCUUGUGCAGACACCAGUGAUGCAAAUGUUGAGGCUAAGAGACCCUGCCUUGAGGAGGAACACCCAACUGAGUUGAACGAGAAACCGCUCAGUUCUUUGAUACCUCUGGAGAACCUUGAGCCAGCUGUGGCCCAACGGCUGUUGCGCCUGGAGGCCCUGGAAAAAGAGCACUCGAGGGCUGGGAAUCACGGGCUGCCCCUCCUCAACACUCCCCGCAAGGAGCGGCAGGGCCUUGUGAAGCAGCUGGAAGAGACGAAGCUGAAGCUGAAGGCUCUCGAACAGAGGCAGCUGGAGAUGGAGGCCAAAGCCGCUCAGAAUAAAGAAAAUGUGCCUGCUUCACGGCUGCCUGCCAAACCCCGAAAAAGGGCGGUGGUAUUGCCCCUCCAGAAAGUACAGAGACCUGAGAAUAUCCAGGAAGAAGACACUGUUACCAUCAUACAACAGAAGAAGAGAGGACGGAAGAAGGAGACAUCGACCUCCAGCUGUGACAACGAAGCUCCCACCGAAUGGGAGAUGGCCUUGCGACCCGACCUGCUAGCUCGCGGCAAAGAGAACAUCUUGGCCAUCCUGAACACGGGCUCAGAGAGAGAUCUCAUGGCUCUGCACCGGAUCGGCAAAAAGAAGGCUCGCCUAAUUUUGGCCUGGAGAGACCUCCACGGGUCGUUCGAGAAGGUAGAAGACUUCGAAAAAAUUGAAGGGGUCUCCACCAAGCAAGCAGCUUCCUUUCUAAAGGCAAAUAUCCUCAGCAGUCUUGGAAACCUUCAGCCGCUAAACUGAUUCUGCAUCC